UUAAAACAAACAACAAGCCGUCUCCUCUUCUGGCUCUACUCUCCAUUAAUGGUAUCCUUCCUCGGCCGCAUCCUGACCAUCCAUUUCUAUACUCUCACAUAAUCCAAUGGCACAUAUGUCCCCAAUUAAUGUUGGCUCCUUUUCAAAUCUUCCAAAUUGUCGCAUCUAUAAGAAGAAAGAAAGAAUCUAUGGAGUUGCUGAAAACUAAGAAACCAAUUCCCAUAAAAUCAAAUCCUAUACAAUUACUUGUGCAAGAAGUCAACCAACCAGGUUCUGUAUUGAAUUUCUUUCUUGAGUUGUUUCAUUUAUAAGAAUCUUGGACAUGAAAUGGUGGAAAAACACUCGAUUGAAGUAGAAAACAAGAGAAAAUCCCGAAGCUGGGGUCGCGUGUUGCUGGUAUUACUGAUCGGAGCUGCGGUGAUUGCAGCAUCUGUGCUCACUAUUUUAAAAACCUUGGAUCACUUCAAGAAAAGGUCAGGUGGCCACAAAGCCAAUAUGGUCAAGAAAUAUGCAGAUGCUCUGGAAGUUGCCUUGCAAUUCUUCGAUGUUCAGAAGUCCGGAAAGUUGGAGAAUAAUAGGAUUGGAUGGAGAGGGGAUUCAGCAUUGGAAGAUGGAAAAGAACAAGGAUUGGAUUUAUCUAAAGGCAUGUAUGAUGCUGGUGAUCUCAUUAAAUUUGGAUUUCCUAUGGCUUUUACUGCAACAAUCUUGUCUUGGGCCAUUCUUGAAUAUGGAGAUCAAAUGGAAGAAAUUAAGCAGUUGGAUCAUGCUCAACAGUCACUGAAAUGGAUCACUGAUUAUCUCAUCAAUGCUCAUCCUUCUCCAUUUCUUCUCUACGUUCAGGUGGGUGACCCUGAAUUGGAUCAUAAUUGUUGGCAAAGGCCGGAAAGAAUGACAGAAAAAAGACCGGUAAUAGAAGUGAAUGCCUCGUUUCCGGGAUCUGAUGUAGCAGCAGAAACUGCAGCUGCAAUGGCAUCAGCAUCACUUGUGUUCAAGAAACUCAAUUCUUCUUAUUCGGAUUUUCUGCUUAUGCAUGCUCAGCAACUCUUUACUUUUGCUGAUACUUACAGAGGUUCUUAUAGUGUCAGCAGUUCCCAAGCACAGAAAUUCUACAACUCCACAGGAUAUGGAGAUGAACUCUUGUGGGCAGCUGCCUGGCUUUACCAUGCAACUGCUGAUGAGUCUUACCUUAAUUAUGCUACUAAAAUGAAUGGUCAAGAGUUUGGUAAUUGGGGUAAUCCAACUUGGUUUAGUUGGGAUGACAAGCAUGCAGGAGUUCAGGUUCUAUUAUCAAGAAUAAUUAUGAUUGGCGCAAAAGAGAUGUCAACAGAAGAAAAUCUAGAGCUCCAGAUGUACAGGGAAACAGCUGAGGCCUUCAUGUGUCAGCUUCUUCCAGAUUCACCAACAGCAACAUCUAGCAGGACACCAAAUGGCCUGAUAUGGAUUUUGAAAUGGAACCCUCUGCAGUAUAGUGUGGCAUCUGCAUUCCUAGCUAUUUUGUUCAGUGAUUACAUGGUUGCUUCCCAUACAACGACUCUUUACUGUUAUGGGAAAUUCUACAGUCCAGACGACCUUCGAAACUUUGCCAUUUCACAGGCAGAUUACGUAUUGGGGCAGAAUCCAAUGGAGAUGAGUUUUCUUGUUGGUUACGGAGUGAAGUACCCUGAAUAUGUACACCACAGAGGUUCAUCAAUUCCAGUUGAUAGCAACAAUGGUUGUAGAGAUGGAUUUACGUGGCUUUACUCGAAAAGUCCUAAUCCGAAUGUAGCAAUUGGAGCUCUAGUUGGCGGACCUAUGUUCAACGAAACCUAUGCUGAUUCUCGAACAGAUACAGAUCAAGCUGAACCAACUACUUAUAACAGUGCACUCAUUGUCGGCCUGCUCUCUGCUUUAGUCUCCAAUUCUUUAGUGGCCGAGUCCUUCACAUAAUACUACUCUCUGCUUUGGUUCUGUUUGAUUUUUACCAAAUUUGAAUCGAAA